AAUUACGAGCGUUGAUGUUGUUGCAUUUCGAUUGAGUUCCAUUCGAAUUAAACGAAAAAAAAGUUGCAGAAUCGAAUUUUUUCAUGCAUUUUUAGCGCUCCCGAAUUGCGCUUUGUCGCGACAUUGGAUUGAAUUCGCCAGUGCAUUUCGUGUCCGCAUUCACAUUCGCCUUGCACUUGCAUUUGGCAGUGAUAACUGCGCUUUGCGGUUAAGCGGACGCGUUUUAGAGUUCUCGCACGAAUUUUUGCAUAUAAAAAAGUGAUAGAAAUUAGUUUACGAAAAAAAAACAUUUUUUUUAAGAAUUAUUAAAAAAAUUAUCAAACAUAAAAAAGAAUUAAUUUGUUAAUUCUUAAGUCAUUAAAAAGAAUUCGUACUCGAUUUGCUGUGGGGAAAAAGAUGUUCUCCAAAAUCACACUACUCAGUUUGAUCGCACUACUUGUACCUGAGUUAGUCUUGGGUUACAAUAUCCUAUUUAUGGGUCCAUUUCCGGCACCAAGUCACUGGAUGUGGCUAGAACAUUUUCAACGUGAUCUACUCAAACGUGGCCAUCAUGUUACCUCAGUGAAUAAUCAUCCCACUAAACAUCCGCAUGCAAAUUUGACAGAACUUAUACUGGAUCCAAAAUUUGAUAUACCUUACUAUCUGCCCAAGGAAAACAUUUUUAAAAUGCGUUUCUCCAGCGAUUUUGAGAAUAUGCAGAUGUGGUGGCAUAUUGGUUUGCUGACCAGUGAACACGCACUAAACGAUGCAAAAGUGAAGGCGUUAAUAGCAAGUAAUGACCAAAAAUUUGAUUUGGUCAUAUUGGAACAAUUCUUUCAUGAGAGCUUCCUAAUGUUCGCACACAAAUUCAAUUGUCCUCUGGUAACUAUUGGUACAAUGGGCUAUGCUGACAAUAUGGAUCAUGCCAUGGGUCUGGUGACACCUUGGUCUGUAAUACCGCACCUACUGCUUUCACACACAGAUCAUAUGACUUUCCUGCAGCGAACUUAUAAUGUGUAUCUUUCGAUUUAUGAUAACAUCAUGCGUAGUUGGUUUUAUAUACCCAAAAUGCAGGAAAUGGCAGAGAAACACUUUGGAAAACAUAUUGCAGGUCCAUUGCCCUCAUUGCGUGAUUUGGAGAAGAAUAUUUCACUCAUGUUAAUAAACAGUCAUCGCAGUACUGACUUACCACGACCUAGCAUGCCGGGGCUUCUAGAUGUAGGUGGUGCCCACAUUCAGCCAGUCAAACCCUUACCACAUGACUUACAGCAAUUUUUGGAUAGUUCUACAAAUGGCGUGGUUUACUUCAGUUUGGGUUCGUAUGUCAAGAGCACCGAUGUGCCACAGGAAAAAAUUAAUUUGAUAUUGCAAGCAUUCAGUAAAUUGAAACAGAAUGUUUUAUGGAAAUACGAAAACGAAUCUAUCGGUCAUUUGCCCACCAAUGUGAUGAUCAAAAAAUGGAUGCCUCAGAAUGAUAUAUUAGCACAUCGCAAUGUUAAGGUCUUCAUAACUCAUGGUGGAUUGUUUGGCACACAAGAAGGUAUUUUCCAUGCCAUACCAAUGCUUUGUAUACCAUUGUAUGGUGAUCAACAUCGUAAUACUGUGAAGUCUGUGCGUGGCGGAUAUGCACGCUCUCUGGUGUUCGCUGAUAUGACAACAGAAGAUUUGGUCUAUAAUAUACAAUUACUCAUACAUGAUCCAAAAUAUAAGCGCAAAGCUUUAGAGGUAUCAGCAAUAUUCAAAGAUAAUCCAAUGCAUCCACUUGAUGAGGCUUCCUUCUGGAUUGAGUACAUCAUGCGUCACAAGGGUGCACCAUAUUUGAAGUCGUAUGGAGCAUCCAUGCCACUUUACCAGUAUUUGUUGCUGGAUGUACUGACUUGUGCGUUGUUUGCCAUCUAUAUGACUGUGUGGGUUCCAAUAAAGUUGAUCCACGCUAUUAGACGUUAUUUCGCGAGUACCGCCAAAGCAACAAUGGUGUGUGAUGAAAAGAAGCGGAGUUGAAUUCGCUUUAUUUUUGUUGUAGUUGUUGAAUUGCUGUUUCCUAAUUUUAAAAAAUUAUUAGUAUUACUUGUUAAAAACGCA